AUGCGGGGUGCCCGGGCUGCGGCGGCUCGCACGGCUCAAGCCAAGGCGGCCAAGGCUGCAGUCCGCGGCCUGGAAGCAGAUGUCGGUCUAAGCUGUUUCUUGACUCCCGGGCGGAAGCUGGUCGGCAAACUGCUGUCGAAUCGGAUCACAUCAGACUUCCAGCGACACGACGUGCUGCCAUCUGGAGAGGUGCUGCACUUGGGAUCCCUGGGUUGCCCACCGGAGCAAGUCAGAGCGGCAGAGCCAGAGGCGGACCGAAGGAUUCAGCGGCGCCGCAGCUCUGAGACGAAGCGGCGUACACAUGACAAGGCCUGGGCCGCCGUGCUCUACUCGGAGGCCACCGAGGCGCCCGCGUCACCGAGGCGGCGCUUGGCGCUGGCGCUGGGCGUUCCAGAGACGGCCUUGCGAUUGGGUCCGGGGCUGCACUUGCCUGGGGUGGCAGUGGAGGUGGCCCGCCUGCCACGAGGUCUUCCGGACUUGGACUUCACUCCGGAGCUUCGAGCUGGGGUCCUCGGGCAGAAAGGCGAAAUGCUCGCUUUGGGUCCUCCAGACCUGACGCAAAGUCUGGGCAUGACAGAUGUCUCGUGCCCGGCGCACCGCUACACCAUCGUGCUGCGGAACUUGAGCGAACAGAAGGUCGCCGAGGGCAGAUACGACGAGCGCCUGGAGGAGAUACGAGAGAAAGGCUUCGCCAACUUUUUCGAGCUGUCGUCGUUUGGCUUAGCGGAGGUCCGACGGUACGAGAUCGGUGCGGCCUUGUGGUGCGGACAUUGGGACCGAGCCUGUCAACUCCUCCUCACCUCAAACAGAGGUGCCUCGGCUCUCGCAGCUGCUUCUGCCGCCUUCGCCGCGAGGGACUACGCGCAAGGCCUGGAGAUGCUUCCCACGGAUAUGAGCUGCAAAGGGCUCCGGGCCCUGGCCAUGCACUUGCUCCUCAAAAGGGAUCCCUUGGAAGCGCUGCGGCGGGCAGUGCCCGCCGUGCUUUGGGGCAAACUCUUGGCGACGGUGGGUCGCGUUUGCUGGAAUCGUGCGGUGGCUGCGCGGCUGAGCGAGCUUGCCCAGCAGCCAAUGCUGGGAGAUUUGGUUUGGGACCAGAGCGCGGGCGAGCCGAGACCGCUGUCGCAUCAGGAUCUGCGCACAGGUCAGUGGCAGCUGAGCGACAUCGUCCUCCCACUUCCCAGGCCCGGAGAGCCACUGCUUCAGGGCGGCCAGAGGCUUGCCAUGGAGGCGGAGCUCCAGGAAUUGGUGCCUGACCAGGAUGCUCCCGCAGACUGCUUCCCCCUGGACGUCUCAAAGAUCCUACCGCGGGUGCGUCGAAUCGUCAGCAUCCCCUCGGACUUGGGCUGGGACGUGAUUGAGUCCUCCGGCGGCGGCGUGGUCGACUGUGACCUUGCGCGCCUCACUGCCAGGGGCAGGGACAGCGAAGAAGUGCCUUCUUCCCCGGCUGCGCGAAACCGGACCCCACCGGGCCUGGCGCUGCGCCUGCGCUGCACGCUUCCUCGAGCCGAGUCCGCGGAGGGCCUUCUCCGUGAGCUGACGGCGUCGAAUCCCUCAGUGUCCCAGCUGCCGUUAGCGCCUUCGACGAAGUUCGAGCCAUUUCCCGUGCAACGGACGACGUGUCAGACUCAUUCAGAAGCAGCCGAUGAGCUCUGGCUGUGGCAUUCGGUUCUUGCCCUUUGCACCUGGCAUGCAUUGCUGCAGUGGUGCAGCUGCGUUUCGCUAUGUGCCGCUCAUAUCUCCCGCCGCUCCCUUCAAUGGAGUACCGCGAAUGUCGAUGCCAAUCUGCAGAAACUUGUGGAGGACAUCCACCUGGCCAUUACGCCGAAAGCUGACGAGAGUGAGGCGGCUGAUGUACUGGGACCGCUUGCCGAUGGUUCGAUACUUGAUACCACGGUGGACGUCCGAUGGCUGCUUCGGAUUGAGGUUCUGGGAGGUGCAGCAGCUGUCGCCAGCGUGCGCACAAUCUGGAGCUUUGACGAAGUCGCGGCACCUGUGCUUGCUUCGUCGCCAUCACCUUUGGUAGCAUGGAUUGUUUCCAAUGGCUGUGGGGAGCACAAGAGGAGGUUGGGAGCAGCUUGUGACGUGGCGCUUUCCAAUGUCGGCCAGGUUUGUCCCUACGGCACGGCGUUCGCAAGGAUCCUCAACGAGGUCCGAGUGGAUUUGGUCGUGCGAUCUGAGGAUUUCGCUGGCAUUGGAGUGGCAAGCGCCCUCACGGACCGGGCACGCGUCCUCUGCACAGGAUUCUCAGCUUCGUGUUCUUCGCGCCGCGGCCCGGACAGUUUUGGCAGGUGCCUUCACUUGUUCUGGGACUCCACCCUUACCACUAAGUUCGUCGUUGGAUCUCGCCGACGCGCACGUCUUGGGUAUCGGCUGACAUGCAGCUGGGUCGAAAGUCCGUCAUCUCCGAGGCUUCCGACGCUGGGCGCUGAGGCAGUCCAGCCGGUCACACUCGCAUGCACCAGGCUCUGCUGA